UUCCCCGCCUACUCGCUCCCCUCACCCCUCCUCCAAUUCCAAGCUGCGAUCUGUCGAGCGCCUCCCGUCCUCCCCCUCUCGCUUCCCUUCCCAUGGCAAACCGCUGCGCCGGCCUCGACCCCACCUGGGCCCACUUCCCCACCCCGGCGCCGACCCACACGGCCCACGCCGCCGCCGCCGCGGCCAGCCACUACUACUGCUCGUCCCCUUCCCCCGCCUGGCUCAUCACCUCCGCCGCCGCCGCCUUGGAGAACGAGGCGCUCACCUCCGCGCUCCGCGCCUCCAUGGCGCCCGCCCACGCCUGCUCCUACUCCGCCGCCGCCGCCUCGUCCUUCUCCUGCCCGGCCACGCCGUCCUCCUCGACGACCUCCUCCGCCUCCGAGCUCCUGUCCGCCUCCAGCGGCGGCCACGACGCCGCUCCUGCGGCGCCGGCGUCGUCCAGCAGGCCCGGCGCCCGGGCCCUAGCGCAGGGAGCGAGACCUAGAGGGGGCCGCGUCACCAAGCGCAAGCCGCGGGCGUCGCGGCGCCCGCAGACGACCUACAUCACCGCCGACCCCGCCAACUUCCGCCGCAUGGUGCAGGAGAUCACUGGCCUCCCCGUCCCCGUCUCCGUCCCCGGCCGGCCCUCCUCCUCCUCCUCCUCCUCCUUUCCCAGCGCCGCCUCUGAGGCUGCAGUGCCCAACUGGACGACGCCCGCGCCCGCGUGCGUGCUCCCGACGCUGGACACGUCCGCUUUCCUGCUCGACCGCGCCGCGGUGCCAGCAGCGCCGGAGGACAAGAUCCCGGGCGGCGGGAACGCGUCGUCGACCGCGACGGACGCCGCCGUCGCUGUGGCAGCUGCGGCAGGGAACAACGACGACGACGACGACUCGGCGGCGCUGCUAGAGCUGGAGGCACUGGUGUCCGCGGCGGCGGGCGAGUGCGGCUUCCCGACCCUGGAGAGCUGGGGGAUCAUCUGAUCAAUGGUCUUAGAGGGGAUUAGAGAUGGAAGCUAGGGUGGUUUUGCUCUGUGUUUUUAGCUUGUUAUGAUAAUGGAGUUUUUGGUCCGUCCGAUGCGAUGAUCGGACGGCGGCGGUCGGUUGAGCCGAUGCCGAUGCCCAUGAUGAUGUAGCAAGCAUGGGAGUUUUUCAUGUCCUGUAAGCAAGAAUUAUUAGCUACAGUAGGCUGCUACCUGCCUUUUUUUUAGCUGUAGUGCAUCUCUGCUGGAUGAGGAUGACAUGGUUGCCAUGGUUCCUUCCUUGUAGUCUGUUACGGAGAUGACAAUGUUAAUUAUUCUGUAAUGAAAUCUAGCUAAUGGCUUUCCUGGAGCAAAGGAAUCUAAUCUGUUAUGAUGGCAAAAGGGAAAAAGAGAAGCCCUACCCUAAUGUGAACGAAUGUACGUGUUCCUUUUA